GCCGGGUGCACACUGCUGGAUGCCCGAGCUGCGCUGUACUGUGUGCACACACGGAUUGUCCGGCCUCAUCUACAGGGUACAGAGGAAGUCCCAUCCACAAAGGGGGAGAUCCAGGCGGCUGAUUCGGAUCAGGAGCCCCCCGAGCUGUGUGCAUUAACUCUGGAGCGGAUUUUGCACCCCGGUGAUCCAGAUCCUGCCCCCCCUGCCCAGUCCUGUGGACCCCUUAUUGCAAUGACAUCAAGUCUGCCCCAUCUGAUGAGAUCAGGAGGUGCCCCCACCCAUGUGUAACCUGUGACCCCUGAAGAGUGCCCCUUGUGAUGAUGGACUGUGCUUCAGGUUGUGCACAUCGAUCAUAACCACCAGUGUGGGGGGCCAGGAGCUGCAUAGGUGGGCUUCAUACUCAUCUGGGGGGGAUUUGCUGGAAGCCCUCAGUUCACAUUUGGGACUCACAGUGCGGAAUACUCCAUACACCUGGCUCAGGAUCUCCAGGAAAAGUGGUCAGCCUUGGCAGUGCCCUAACAAAGAGGAUCUACUAUUGGGGGGGCUCCAGCUAACAGGGUGGCUUCUAUAACUGCGAACAGGAGGGACCUGAAGAAAGGCUUUGGAGCUUCACUCAUCGGGGAUUACACACAAAUCCUCUUCCCCUUGCUGUAGGGGGGUCUUUUAUUACUAGGGGCUCACGUUGAGGUUUUUAUUUUUGGAUUUAAUCUGCCUUGGAUUAUAACAUUGUCCUCCUGGUGUGAACCAUGAUGAAGCCAUCCUUGGAGCUGUUAUUGAAGACAGGAUCUUUUCGGGUCCCCGGGGGAGCCAUGGUCUCCAGUUAUCUGCUGCUCCUCCUCCUGACAUUGUCCUGUGUCUCUCAGGGGUUGGUGGAUGCCAGUUCAUGGUGGUCUCUGGCAAUGAACCCUGUCCAGCUCCCAGAAGUGUACAUUAUCGGGGCACAACCUCUCUGCAGCCAGUUAUCGGGGCUCUCACAGGGGCAGAAGAAGCUGUGUCAGCUCUAUCAGGACCACAUGCAAUACAUCGGGGAGGGGGCAAAAACUGGCAUCAAAGAAUGCCAGUACCAGUUUAGGCACAGAAGGUGGAACUGUAGCACAGUGGAUAACACUUCAGUGUUUGGCAGAGUCAUGCAAAUAGGGAGCAGAGAGACGGCGUUCACCUAUGCCAUCAGUGCUGCGGGAGUGGUGAAUGCAGUAAGCAGAGCGUGCAGAGAGGGGGAGCUGUCGACGUGUGGCUGCAGCAGGGCAGCCCGCCCUAAGGAUCUACCCCGGGAUUGGCUCUGGGGAGGCUGCGGGGAUAAUCUAGACUAUGGCUACAGAUUUGCUAAGGAAUUUGUGGACGCAAGGGAACGAGAGAAAAUUUACCAGAAAGGAUCCUAUGAUAACGCCAGGAUCAUGAUGAACAUACACAACAACGAAGCUGGAAGGAGGGCAGUAAGUACUUUGGCGGAUGUGGCCUGCAAAUGUCAUGGAGUCUCUGGUUCUUGCAGUCUUAAGACUUGUUGGCUACAACUAGCCGACUUCCGGAAAGUGGGGGACUUAUUGAAAGAAAAGUAUGACAGUGCUGCAGCCAUGAAACUCAAUGUUCGAGGCAAAUUGGUUCAAGUCAACAACAAGUUCAACACUCCAACUCCGAGCGAUCUGGUUUACAUUGAUCCAAGUCCGGAUUAUUGCGUGCGCAACGAAAGCACUGGGUCUUUAGGAACCCAAGGGAGGUUGUGCAAUAAAACCUCAGAGGGCAUGGACGGCUGUGAGCUUAUGUGCUGUGGUAGAGGAUAUGACCAGUUCAAAACAACACAGACUGAGAGAUGUCACUGCAAGUUUCACUGGUGCUGCUAUGUGAAAUGCAAGAAAUGUACCGAGAUUGUCGACCAGUUUGUAUGCAAGUAAGACGCAAAGGAAAGGACUAUGAACAAUAUUAAAUAUCCGCUUUAAUUUAUAGAGGUCACUUAGGAGUUGCAAGCAGAUAGCAACUGGAUCUAUUUUUCUUCAUAUCACACAGCCUCUCCUUGGAAAAGAACAAGAAAUAAAAAACAAACUGAAAAUAUUUAUUUACAAAAAAAUUAAAGACACUUUUUCUAAAAAAAAAAAAAGUAUAUAAUUAGAUAAACUAAGACUGAAGCGCUCGGGAUUUAGAACAUGUAUAGUAGGUUUAUAUGGAUGAGAGGGGAGCAGAUGGAUGAAGACAAGCUGUGUUUUUUUUUUUUUUUAUAUUAAAUUUAAAAAAAAAAAAAAAAGUUUUGUGUUACAUGGUUUAUGGAGAACUCACUCCAAAAAAAGUUUCACAGUUCAGCAGUUAGAUACGGAGAUUUUCUUUUUCUCCGACAUUUUAUUUUCAUAUUAGGAACUACUAUUUGUUGUGUGAUACCUCUGGAGAUGUUGGGAUUGCACUUUGUAUUAUGCAUAAAUUCUUAUAUGUUAAGUUUAAAAUAUUCAUACACUUUUUUAGCUGACAACAUACCGAUUUAAUUCAGGCAUUUUUAUUUCAUAGGGACAUAUUCAUUCUUGUUUAAUACUUUCAUGGUUCUAAGAAUAUACUGGUUAGCAGACAAAAUUUAUUGAUCAUCUGUUUUACGGUUUCACAUUAGGAUCUAUUUUUUU